GGCGAAAAACACAUUGAUUUUUUCAAACGAGUUUCUCGUUUACUAACAUCGUUGGGUGUGACCAUCCAAUCAUCUUUGUCCAAAUCUUCUCGCGGUUCGAGUUCAAAAGACACAGAGCAACCAGCAUGAAAAGGACAACGACCCAGUCCAGUGUUGUUUAACUUUCACAAAAAAUAUACAUAUUUUAUCAAGAAAGUUGUUGAAGAAAAAAUAUAUAUCUAGCACGCUGUUAUUGUAGCUAGCUGACUUACAGAACCAAAAUGGCAGAAGGUGGAGAGGCAGACUGGGAACUUUGCAAAGAGAACAUCCAGCCCUUGAAGAAAGGUCGGGCCAUAUCAGUUUUACACCAGGCACUCAGUCAACAGCAAGAGGGUUCGAGCUCUGCCACCAACCAACACAAACAGGCUUUUGAGUCUGAACUGAGAGUGUAUGAUGGAGAUGACCCCCUUGAUGUUUGGGAUCGGUAUGUUAAAUGGACAGAGCAGACCUAUCCACAGGGAGGAAAGGAGAGUAACCUUACUGUGCUUUUGGAGAGAGCUGUGAUGUGCUUUACAGAGGAAAAUAAAUAUCACAAUGACAGCCGUUAUGUUGACCUAUGGAUCAAAUUUGCAGAGAGCGGUCACGAGCCUUUGGAUAUCUACAGAUAUAUGCGAGCCCAGGGAAUAGGUGUACAACAGGCUUCCUUCUACAUUGCCUGGUCUGAGGAGUAUGAGCAUCAGGGUAACUCUCGAACAGCAGACAGUGUCUACCAGGAGGGCUUCAAGCGUGGGGCUGAACCUCUGGAGAAACUCCUGCAGUUCCACAAGGCUUUGCAGGCGCGUGUGUCCCGGCAGGUGAUGUCUGGAAUGGUGAAUGACGAGGAGGAGGAAGCUGAGGCAGCAAAGCCUGAGCGGGUUUCUCUGGUGGAUCUAAAACACAGGGGGAAGAAAAAGGCUGUUGCACCCAUUAGUAGAGUUGGUGCAGCACUAAGCAGUAAUUCACGAAGCCUACAGUUACAAGGCCCACCAGCUCUGGCCAGCAGUGGUCAAAACCGUUGCCUUGUGAUCUUUGAUGAGAACAAGGCUGUCAGCGCUGAGCCCUCUGAACCAAAGUUGGAAUCUUGGAUGGCCCCACCCCCAUCGAGAUUCAAGGAGAACGAGCAGAGGCCUGAGAAAUGGAGCGACGUAAAGAUGCCAAUGAAGUCCAGGUUUGGUCACAGUGUUGUGGCUCUGCCCAGCAAGCCAAACUUCCAGCCCUUUGUGGAGGAGUCGGAUCAGCCUCCAGCUAUGACACCGUGUAAGAUCAACCCAGCGGUGAAUUCAGUGUUGUCUGCGCGGAAGCCCUGCGGGGAUGAGACUCCUCUGAAGAGACUGCAGCAACAGCAGCAGGAAGAGGGGAAAGCUCUGGAGCAGAGCAUGUACUGCAAAAAGCUGCUGCUCAGUGGCGCCUCCGAGUUCUGCUUUGAGGAACUGCGGGCUGAGCGCUACCGACAGAAGAAGGCCUUGGAGUCAGGGGGCAGUGGCAAGGAAGAGCAAGCGAGCUCUGGUCUUCCAAACUGACACAUUUCAACAAGGACAUGUUCAGUGUUUUAUUAUUAGGUAGGAGACUAUCAGUGUCAUCAUGUAUGUAUUUUAGAGUUUGUGUAUAUAAAAAGUUUCAAACCUGUCCACUGUGGGAGUCAAACCCACAAGGGUCAUGCUCUACUAACUGAGCCAGACGGGACCACUAAUAACACACUACGUAUCUGUCUUUCUUUCCUGCUGCUUCAUGUAACCUCUCAGUGUAAUUAACCUUUCAAUGGUGUAGGAAUGACAGGGAGAAAUCCAGAGGUGAGAAUGACACGGUUAAAUUCAUAUCGAUGCAUAGCUGUCACUGCUGUGUUUUCUUUUUAAUAUAUAUAUAUAUUUUUUUACCUUUAGUUAACAAGGCAAGUCAGUUAAGAACAAAUUCUUAUUUUCAAUGACAGCCUAGGAACAGUGGGUUAACUACCUGUUCAGGGGCAGAACGACAGAUAUGUACCUUGUCAGCUUGGGGAUUUGAACUUGCAACCUUUCGGUUACUAGUCCAACGCUCUAACCACUAGGAUACCCUGCCUUCCUAUAUAUAUAUAUAUAGCAGUCAAAAGUUUGGGCGCACCUACUCAUUCAAGGGUUAUUGUUUAUUUUUGUGCUUUUCUACAUUGUAGAACAAUAUUGAAUACAACAAAACUAUGAAAUAACACAUGGAAUCAUGUAGUAACCUAAAAAGUCAACAUACACAACAAAUCAAUGUACACUACCGUUCAAAAGUUUGGGGUCACUUAGAAAUGUCCUGGUUUUUGAAAGAAAAGCACAUUAUUUGUCCAUUGAAAUCAAAUAGAUCAGAAAUACAGUGUAAACAUUUCAUGUUGUAAAUGACUAUUGUAGCUGGAAACGGCAGAUUUUAAAAUUGAAUAUCUACAUAGGCGUACAGAGUUUGACUAGUUGAGUAUCUGGAGCAUCAGCAUUUGUGGGUUUGAUUACAGGCUUCACAAAACGUUGCGAACUGGCUCUAACCAGAAUAGCAAGAGGAGUGGGAGGCUCUGGUGCACAACUGAGCGAGAGGACAAAUACAUUCGUGUCUAGUUUGAGAAACAGACGCCUCACAAGUCCUCAACUGGCAGCUUCAUUAAAUAGUACCUGCCAAUCACCGGUCUCGACGUCAACAGUGAAGCGGUGACUCCGGGAUGCUAUUUCAUAGUUUUGAAGUCUUCGCUAUUACAAUGUAGAAAAUAGUAAAACUAGAAAAAACCCUGGAAUGAGUAGGCAUGUCCAAACUUUUGACUGAUUCUGUCAGUUUAAAUAUACCCCACAGCUCUGGUGACAAUUUUUUAAUAAAUUUGAAAUAAAGGUUCAAAUAAAAUUUCAUUAGUCACAUACA